AAAUGUAAUUUUAAAAUUUAGCGGAGGAUAUUUUUUAAUAAUAAGUGAUGAGUAAGCCAAGAUCAAGACCACGUAAAGAAGAAUUGUCAGGAGAAAGUGAUUUGGACUCAACAAUCACACCAAUCAAUGCAGCCACUGAUAACAGUCAGGGUCGUAUUAUAGAAUCAGAUAGUCUUUCUGACUUCUACCUCCAUGAAAUCAGUGGAAAACAUCGCAGGAGAAAGCAGCGUCAUCAUAAAACCAAGGAACAAUAUGAAUCAGAAGAGGAAGAAUAUCAAAACAUAAGCAAUGAAAAUGUCAGAGAUAUUUACAAAGAGCUACAAGUCAUCAGUGAAAAGCUAAAGGCAGAAAACAGAAACCUUCAUGAGAGGGAGCAAAAGUUAAAGGAGAGGGAACGGAUGGUAUCCAUUUCUUCUCAAAACAUACAGACCAUAGCACAACAUGAAAUCAAACAUAAACUACAAGCAGUGGAGGAGAAACACAAGGCAGAGGUUUUCAGAUUAGAAACUUUACUAAGGGAGAAAAGUAAAGAAAACAAAAGAUUGAAGGAUAACUUUGAAACACUGAAACAAGCAAAUGAUGCACUUAAAAAAGAGUUUGAGUCCCUACAAAGCCAGCAUGAAAAGUUGGAAAAGCAGGCAGUCACUGUUCAAGCCAGACUGACUAAUUUGCAGAGGAAGCAAGAGUUUGAUCAGAGACAGAAGGAAAUGGAGGUAGCAGCAAUGUCUGUGGGAAAUGCUGUCCCAAAGCAACAAAAACCUAAAGAGGCAGAAGAAAAAAUGAAACAGAAAGUUCAAAAGACUGCAGCCUGUUUUGAUGUGACUGGAGUUUUACUGGACUGGGUCAGUGAUGCUCACCUGAGAUGUGCUGUGUCAAAUCUUCCAGGAAAACCAUUCGAACACUUCCUCUCACCAGAAUAUCUUCAAGACAAAAUCAUGAAGAUCCUACCUUCAGCUGUAGAUAUGUUAAGGGAGUUUCCAGGCCAGAAUUUAAAGAUAUCUCUCCCUUGUAUUCAGUUUAUUUACUGGGCUCUUGUGCAUGUGGAAAACUGUGCAGGACAGCAGAAGAGUGGAUUAUCAUCCACACUACGACGGUUAGGAGAGGAGCUGUACAGAGCUAGGACUGUGCGAUUUUCGGAGUCGGAGAAAAGUCCAUCAGAAUUUACUCCUUGUUCUCCUGUCAAACUGGACAAAUCAAAAGAAGGCAUUUACUUCCGCAGCCAGAAUCUCCAUGUCCGACUUUUGUCAUCUCUCAUCAUUCUGAAAACUCUUAGCCAAGUUGACCUUCUGGCUCAUGUGUUUGAUGUUUUAAGAAAUGAUCUUAAGUCUGACAUUGCCAAAGAACUCUUUCUGUACUACCAGGCCACACCUGUGGUUCUUCAGUACUUAAAACCAGUAAACAAGACUUUUAUGGGAUCAGCUAUGGAUAUCUUUCUACAAAUGUCCACAGACUCGCCAUUUCAGCAGCCAUUCCUUGAGAUGUGUAGUAAUGAGAACUGGUUCAGGACAAUAGCCAUGGUGCUGAGAGCUCCCAGUCAAGACAGCAAACUACUGGAAAAACUCAGCAUCAUCCUACAAAAACUCUCUAAGAUCAGGUGUAACAGGAAGUACUUUGAGGUGUACACUAUUGUUGGCAUCAUCCAGGAACUUCUGCGAGGCUGUCCAACAGAUCAAGCUUUUCUAGCUCUCAACCUGAAAUCCAUUCUCUUCAAUCUGACUUCAGGGGCUGCGCAGUGAUUAAUAUUUCUGGCCAUCAACGUAAAAUCCAUUCUCUUCAAUCUGACCUCAGGGGCUGCGCAGUGAUUAAUAUCACAAUCAACAAGUUCAAUAUUCCUGAACUUUCACAUUCCGUCCUAUUUAUAGUUUUGUGUAGUUUUGUGUUCACAAGUAGACCCAGUCUUAGCCGACCACCAACAUUCAGUAUUUGUUUGUAUGUGUACUAAAUCAGCUCUCCAGGUUUUAAUCUGUAGCUUGUAUGAAUGAAAACUUCUCCUAUUCUGAAUGAUUAAUUCCAAUGUUUUUCAAAGUUAGACAUUUGAUAACACAUACUGUUAUACAUGUAUUUACAUUUGUGGUUCAGUGUACUGUGUUAUAUAAACAUAUCAAAAGCUAUUACAUGUACGUUUAAUUUUGUAUAAAUUUUUCAGAGUCAAAGGUAUGCUAUGUCCUCUUCACAUGGCAAAAUAAUGUUUAGUAAUAAUUUCAUCUGUAGACAUACCUAAACUGUGACAAAAUAAAACAUUACUUAGCACUGAAUUGAUUCCAGUUGUAACACACCAUUUGAUAGUAUAGAAAAAUUUGUUUAUAUUAUAUAACCUAUGUUGUCUAUAGUCAAAUGACUUCCACAAAAAAAUCAAUCCAAUUGAUUUUGUACAUUUUUAAGGCAUUUUAGAAGAAGAAAUUGUUCUUAUUUUUUUACAUUUAAUGAUAGAAAAUUCAAUUAUAAUAUUUUUAUUCAACGGUUUUGCAAGCCAUAAAAUGUACACUGCCCCAACCCAGAUCACCCGGUAUACAGUAUAACUUGGAUAGCUACAUUGUAUUAAAAAUUCAUUGCAUAAAUAAAAUGAUGUGUAUGUUUAGUAUAAAAAUACUUAUUUGCCACUAGAAAUUGAGCCACUUGAGGAAGUCAUUUCAUGACUUCUGACCCCCUGAAAAUUUUAUACA